ACCAACGUUUGGAAGAAAAGUUAAUUGAAAAUGUGUCCAAAUUACCGAAAUUAUUUAGAUCAAUCAGACCUUAUAGCAAAGGUGGUAAACCGCCACACGUGGAAGUGGGCAUGCAAAUAUAUUCCAUUACAAAUAUUGAUUCAGCGAUGCAGAUGUUCGAGGUCGAUAUGAUAAUAAGACAGAAAUGGGAAGAUCAUCGAUUAAACUUCACUGAACAAUCAAAUACUAACUACACGAUGACCAUAAAAUAUGAAGACAUUAUUGGCAACAUAUGGAUUCCUGAUCUUUUUGUAUCUAAUGCGAAAACGACAAAACACCAAAGUAGAGUUGACAACAAAGAUCUUGCACAGGUUUUGCGAAUAUCGCCUGGUGGGAAAAUUGAGUACACGAACAGGUUAGCUUUGGAAGUCUUUUGUGAUAUGAACUUACACAAAUUUCCUGCAGACAAACAGAAAUGCAAGAUUGUGGUGGAAAGUUAUGGUGAUCCAGAAGAUGCAAUGAGUUUAGCUUGGAUAAAAGAAGAAUGCCCUGUGCUAUUUGAGGGCAAAUACGGAAGUCCCCAAUUCGAUAUGAUUGGGCAUUGUCCACAAGUGUCAACCAGUGAUAUAUACUACACUGGAAAAAAAUUCACUGCACUGGAAACAUAUAUAGUAUUUUGCCGCCGAGUGACGUCAUAUAUAUUCACAGUAUAUAUUCCAGCUGCGAUGAUCGUGUUUUUAUCUACCGUUUCAUUCUGGGUUCGACCAGGCUCUGUUCCAGCCAGGGUUGCUUUGGGUAUAACAACAGUUUUAUCCGAAGCUACAGUAAUGAGUGGAUCUCUAAAUGCAUAUCCCACAGUCUCGUAUUUAAAAGCGUUGGAUCUGUACACAAUGGUGUGUUUUUGUUUUACAUUUUGUGUGCUCAUUGAGUAUGCCAUAGUGCAUAUAAUGGUUAACAAGAAGAUGUACCACCAUCAUCAAGAUCGUGGUUUGCCAGAGGAUGACGAUGAAGAUGAAGACGAAUACACAGGGGCGACUAUAAAUGUCCAAAAAACUGUCGACAGUUAUCCGGCAUCUUGGACACCGACAUCAAACUUGAAAUUUGAGUCAAGUUAUGCUAAUAAGAAUGGUUUUCCUCUAAAAAAGGUUCCAUCACGAUCAUUUCAAGCGAUCUUCGAUCCAAAUCUUCCACCCGACAAGCGACAAAACUACCGACGCAAACCAAAAACCACUGAAGAAGAAAAACGAAUCAAAGAAAGACAACUACUUAUGGAUUUUGUGAGUCCGUUGGAUACUGUGUCUCGUGUGCUUUUCCCUCUGGCGUUUGUCAUUUUUAAUAUAUUCUACUUUCUUUGGAUCAUGGACACAAUUUAAAACUACAAUACAUUUCCAAACCCUUGGCAGUAAAUCUGAAAAAAACAAUUAAGGUAUUGGAUGUUCGGAACAGAAAGGUUCAACGACCGAAGAUGGCAUGCAUCGUAUUAUUAUACACCUGAAUAUGUUUUUGAAUAUAUAUUAAACAUCGACUUAGAGUUUUUCCUGUGAUUUUAGAUGCAGGGUCAUAAAUAUCGCAAAGAGAACGAGUACUGUCAUUUUUACAAGUAUUUAUUAAAGACUAAAACGUUACGAUAGAUUUAGACUAUAUACCGGAUUGCUUCUGUACUGGGUCAAAAUUUGUAGCUAUUAAAAGGCAGUAAAAAAAUUGACUGUCAGAGAUCGAAAUAAAUACACCAAAUCUAUCAAACUAAUAAGCAUUUUUUUCUAACCGUUGCUCUUCAAAGGAAAACGAAGAUAUCGU